AUGUCGGCCAACACUCAGUCCACAGCUCUUGUCAAUCCAUAUGCGGGUUACAAAAUUCAGCCCGAAUUCAUCACCCUUGAUCCUGAGUCUCCUCAAGAGCUCCGCGAAGGGGAAGUGAUUGCUCGUGCUUUAGACGGCUUCAUGUUUCUCAAGGGGACCAAAUACGCAUACCCCCAUCAAGGUGCUGAUGCGUAUUGGUGGAGGGGUAUCAUUGCAUUUGGAUUUGUGACGCCGCUGUGCGGCUCUUUCAAAUACUUCACGUGGUUGGGACAUUGGGGAGCUGACUGGGAAGAGAAGCAUUUAGAAACCAUCAUAAUUACAAACAUUGUCCAUAUAUCCAAGGAAAGGAACAUCAAUUGGCGAAAUGGGACGGAGGACAUACUCUGGAUAGAAACAAAACAUGGCUAUAGCUACGCGUUGCUGGAGCCCGAUGCGCAGUACGAUGGGGGCUAUUGGCGACCGGUAACGGAGUCUUGGGCAAGUACCUCGGCUGAUGGUGUUUCAGCUAGUCCCGCCUUCAAACCACUGCCAUGGCAUAGCCCAAGGCCUGCAUGGUGGGACGCAUUGGGAGACGAGCAAUGGGAGUACCUCGUCAAUACAUACUGGAAGAGUGACGCUUCCGAGGCUUGGUCGGAUUUGCCAACUGCUGAUGAUCAGUCGCAAGCAAACUUGGAAACCACGGUUGCCGCUUCAUCCCUGCUGCCCCCGGAAUAUAUCACUGUGGACUCCGGAUCGUCAAGUGAGGAGGAACCAGCUGUGGUGCUUGUCCAGACCAAGCCGCCUGUCACCAAGGGCGAAAAGCGAGUAAACCGGAAGAAGAAACAACAGGCCUCAAGUCGAUCUGGUGCACGGUCGUCAUCAAAGUCAAGCAAGAAAACGAAACACAAGAAGGUCAAGGUGACCAACGCUCCUGAUUCUGGUGAGGAGAAGGUUAUCACAUCUGUCCGGGGCUCUCGGGGCGAGGCAUCCAAAUGGCCUUCUCAAGCACAUCUGGGAAAGGGUAAGGCACGCCAAGAUCAAGAUAACAACCGGAAGCGAAGAGUGUACUCCGGUCAAGGAGAGGCUUCCACAUCUCAGAAGAGAAGAGUCACAGAGCCGAUUUAUGUUGAAUCUAGCUCAGACGAGGAUGAGAAAACCGUGUCUUCACCGGCCUCAGACUUGCCAUCUGCAAGCAAAGAUAUUUCGGAUAUAGGGAAUAUUGAUUCUCAAAUGACCUUCCCCGGCAAUUACUCUGAGGAAAAGAUAAUACAGAACGACGAGUAUUGUUACUUGUGCGAAGAUGGUGGAAAUUUGAUCGACUGUUUCUGGUGCACAAACGCCUGUUGUUACACGUUGAUCGGAAAGCAGGUUGACGACGCACAAGAGGAAACGGAGUCCUGCGUCUCGAUCCCUCAGAGUAUGCUGGAUAAAGGGGACAUUUUCCCAUGUCCGCGGUGUGUGUCUGAGCGCGGCCUGACUUCAAUCGGAUAUUUCAUCAACCGAGGACACAAGGCGACAAUGAGGGUAGCGCCGACAUGCUCAUUGAUACUGGUAAUAUAUCACCUCAAGGUAUUCCAACAUUUGGCAGAAUCGCUGUGGCGCCAACUGCAUGCUGCCUUGGCGGCUUUUCACGUCACCGUGACCGCUGAAACGCGGCUUAUACACAAAGAAUUCAGAGAAGGCGAGUCAGCACACUUGCUUGACGAGAUAGACGCAAAUCGCCCUUUCCACCUUGCCAUCGUUUUUCUCACUGAAGGAGAUCCGCAAGGUGGAUGGUGGCAUACUUCUCAACACGGCAAUCAGAAGAGCUCGAGCGUUGCAGAAGAUCAAUUUCUCGAGACGUGCCUACAUACGUUGAGAAAGAUUGCCCGAAGAGCAUUGACUGCUCGCGUUUUUGGUGUGUCCUGCGGGUUUAACCUGCAAACUAAAGGCUCUCUGAAUAGGAUUAAGGAGUAUCUGCAGCGUACUGCCUUCACGUCUAUUGUGCUCCCAAGCACUUGCUCCUUGCUCAUGUGCGAGUAUCUGUACAUGAUGCCAGAAAUUUUCGUCAACCUGUAUUACUUUGGUGCCGGCUUGGAUCGAACGCUGUUUGGCGUAUGGGGAAGAUCUAAAGAAGCCCGCAUUCAUACUGGGCUGGUGAUCAUGGAUAGGGCCGAGCAGAAACUGACGCUCAACGUCCGGCAGGUUCAGUAUGCGCCUAUAGCCUUACGACCGCUGGGUGUACAGCUGCCUGUGGCUCGAGCCAUAUGCGGAUGCUCGGAGAACCUGCAAACCGACUGGGCGUUUAAGAAGCAGCUUCCUAACGGGCCUGAGAUUAUAUUUAUUUAUCGUUCCAGAUGCUGCGGAAUGGAGCUACAGGUUGGAAUAUUCCCUGGCUCGCGGAAACAAUUGGUUUAUCAUGAGGUUACAUUCAUGUCGGAGGUUUGGGACACGAACAAGGGUCUUUUUGGGUUUCAUCCGUUAAGAAACGUUCGCAUGAAGCUAUUGCCGCCGAAUGAAGGGAAAAAACCUCACCCGGUGGACAUUGGUCAGAUGUGGACCAAGGCGGGGUCAAAAGCGUUGGCUGAUGAAUCCAGUAUGAAUGUAGCUGAGUAA